AUUUUUUAUUAAGUUAGUCAAACGUAACGAUACACCGCAAGUUAAAAUAUGGCGAGUAGGCAAAAUUCUGCAAAAAAUCGUCGAGGAGGACAAUAUUGUGUUGCUGGUUGGCCCAACGGAAAAAGUUGUACAAACAGUCAACACACAGAGGGUGUCUCAGUACAUCGUUUCCCCAUGAAUGACAAGGAGAGGCUGAGUAAAUGGACAAAAUUUGUUAGGAGACAUAGGCCAAAAUUCGUUCCUCAGCAGUACUCUGUGCUAUGUUCAAUGCAUUUCGCAGAUUCUGCAUUCACCGUGAACGCAACAGUUGCAAAAUCGCUAAACAUGAGACGACAAUUGCGCUAUGAUGCUAUUCCAACCAUAGACUCUGUAAAAGGCAUUUCAAUCCAAGGUGAUAAGAGCAAUCGCGACCGCAGAGUUGUGUUGCGUGAAGUAACACGAAGUGUAAAAGAUGUUGAACCCGCUGUUAAACAUACUGAUGAUGAAGGGAAUUCUGACGAGUGUAACACGACAGAAAGCGUUGAUAGUGAACCAGUUAGAGAGGAUUCACCAGAACCGCUGCCAAAACAAGAGCAAGUUGAAAUGAACUAA